UUAGGAUCAUCAGAGCCUCGAGCUGGACUACGGUCCGUCGAUACCGCUCGGAUUUUUCUUCGCCUGCAAGGAGACGGUCAUACUGCUUGAGCUGACCUCGUGUCCUGCCCCGGAGAUUGAUCGGACCCUCGAGCGAAAUGCACCUCAGAUUCGAUCCGAUGCUGCGAUGCAUGCAUGCGCCACGCGUUCAAUUUUCCGUGCCUGCGUUGCGUCCCGGCGGCAGGGCGAGUGUAAGUAUUCGUUUGGAGGAAGUUAUUUUGGCUUUACCCGAGAUUCCGAAGAGUUGAGCCGGCUCAGGGACUGCUCUUCUCACCUUUUUGCUCGAGGAGCUGUUCCUGCUUACGACGACCUCGCGGUCUCUCAGCAUCAUGAUGGCCGUGGGCUUACGUCCUUGCUCAUCACCAAGCCCUACGUCGCCAUUGCGAGCCCUUUGCUCGGCUAUAAAUGCAGGGCCGUCUGCUCCCUCUCGAACCCCUCAUCCCUCCAACCCUCUCCCUCUCCCUCUCCUUCUCAUCGCUCCUGCUUUUCCUCUCUCUUUUCCCUACCCCCACCCCGUACAAUGACCAACGAUGUCCGGGCCGCUGAUGGCAAUUUUGGCCGUGCCGCUGGGCUCCGCAGUGGGCUGGCUCUUUGCGCAUCUCUUGUCGCGCUUUGCGCAAGAACCGCCGCAGCCGUGCCCCUCGGCUACCUCGUCAAAAGAGCCGACUGGGGCAUAAUCAGCCUGGGCGUCACGCUGAUCACGGGCGUCGUCGGUGCCGCAUGCUCCGACAAGCUGCCAAUCCCGACACAGUACCGCGCCGCGGGCUGCGUCGCUGGGCUCGCCAUUGAGCUCUUUACGGGCGUCGGCCUCGUCGUGUUUGGCGCGACGCAGAAGCGCGCCAUGGAGCAGGACGGCCACCAGUUCCACGUCGAGAAUGUCCACUGGCAUGGCGGGCUGUCGGGCCUCAAGCAGAUGCACGUCGACGGCGGCCUCGGCAGCGAGUACACGCACGUCAUGACGCACACGUUUGACGAUGCCGUCGCCCACUGGCUCUACUCGUUUGAUCACGGCAACAACAAGCACACGCUCGCCGUGGGUGCGGGCCACUUCAACGAGACGCAGAACCGACCGCUCGCCGCGCGCCAGGACGAGCAGGAGCAGCACUACAAGCAGCUCUACGCGUCGUAUGCGUGGGACGACGACAACGGCGAUGCCAAUGGCAAGCGCGACGCGAGCCACCAGCACCACCUGCAGGACGCCGUCAACAGGCACUACAGCAGCAGCACGUACAAGGACAAGCACUUUACCGAGUGUGCCAAGAUCGUCGUCGAUGGCCAGAUGCAGACGGGCGGCAUGGUCGCCGUGACCAAGGGCACCUUUUUCAACCAGCCCGGCCAGAGCCAGGGCUCGGCCAACGAGUGCAACGACCAGCUGAAGCGCGCGCUGUCUUUUGACAUCUGAGCGCCCUCCUUGUCCUUUUCCUUUUCUCCCGUCACAGUCACAGUCUCGAGACAGCCACAGUCACAAAAUGCAUCAUCAUAAAUGCAUCUGUCCGCUGCCCCUCUGACGCAGUAUGUUGACGAGCACUAUUGUUGAUGAUGGUGGAUAAUUCAUUGU